AUGAACUCGUCGAGUUCGGCCCCCGGCCCGGCUGAAUCCAUCCUGGCCACGCUCAACACUGCACAAUGCCGAGCUGUCACGUCCAAGGCUGCGACGGUAGCCAUCCUGGCAGGGCCAGGCAGUGGCAAGACGCACACGCUCACUUCACGUGUCGUAUGGCUCGUUGACAAUGUUGGAUACGCGCCAUCAGAGAUCAUUGUGGCCACAUUUACAGUCAAGGCCGCCAGGGAGAUGAAGGAACGCAUUGGCAAGGCACUGGGAGGUGACCGCGAGAAGCGAAUCGUUCUGGGCACAUUUCACAGCAUUGCUCGUCGGUACUUGGCUGCAUACGGCAAGCGGAUCGGGCUUGACGAAAAGUUUGGCAUCGCAGACGACUCAGACUCGAGGGCCAUCAUCCAGAGGAUAUGCAAACGCUUCCAGCUAGGAGUGGAUCCCCCGGCGGCGAGGUCCUGGAUCAGCAAGAAAAAGGCCAAGGGUGACGUCCAAAGCCCUCCCAAAGGAAAGGCCUCUAAGCCGGAAAGCCCCGAUCUGGAGACCUGCUAUCGAGAGUACCAAAACCACUUGGAGCGGUCAAAUCUCUUGGACUACGACGAUCUCCUGACCAAGUGCGUGGAGCUGUUGCGCAAGCAUCCUUCCUGCGUCGCCAACGUGCAGGCUGUGCUCAUUGACGAGUACCAAGACACCAACGGCAUUCAGUACGAGCUCAUGAAGCUGUUUGCACAGGCCCGUGAGAGAAUCACCAUCGUGGGUGACCCGGACCAGAGCAUCUACGGCUGGCGAUCAGCCGAGAUCAAGAACCUCUACCGCCUUUUGAGGGACUACCCGAAGACAGAUGAAAUCUCCCUGGAAGAGAACUACCGAUCCUCGCAGGCCAUUCUGGAUGUAUCCCUCAAGAUUAUUCAACAGGACAAGCGGCGAUACCAGAAAGUGCUGUUACCAAUCCACAACAAAGGGACACGUCCGGUUUUGCGCCGACUGAAAUCCUCCGCCGUCGAGGCCGAAUGGAUGGUCUCGGAGAUUAAGCGAAUGCUCUUGAUGGCAGGCAAGAUGUUGAAUUACGACGACGUGGCGAUUCUGCUGCGAUCCGCCUCGCUCUCCAGACAUAUCGAAUCAGCUCUGGGCAAAGCAGGCCUGGCUUACCGCAUGGUUGGUGGAUUCAAGUUCUACGACCGCGCAGAAGUCAAGGUGAUUCUUGAUUACCUGCGCGUCAUUUACCAGCCGGACAACAACGACGCCGUUGCGCGCAUCAUCAACGUGCCCCGUCGCGGUAUCGGCGACGCCACCAUCAAGUCGCUUCUCGAAGAGGCAGAGAGCGCCAAGCUUAGUGUCUGGUCUCUGCUGAACAAGCACUGCCGAGGAGACCGGACUGCCAAGACCAACAUCAAGAAGGCCAUGGAGCAGAAAAUCAGCGGCGAACUGAUUCGGAUAAUCUCGGGCAUUAGGAGGAAAAUCGAGGAGCCCCCGACAGGAAGCCCCUAUUACCAUCUCGUGGACAUGAUCGAGAGCCUCCUGAACCAGCUCAACUUCCAAAAGUACCUCCAGGAGAACUACCCGGAAGACCACGAGGCACGGUGGGCCAACGUUCAAGAGUUCAUCAGCUUAGCUGGCGACUUCAUGCGGGAUCUGAGUGCCACGGCGGAUGAGGAUCGCCUCCCAGAGGUCGAUGGGGUCCAGCAGGUCCAAGAGAACGACGCUCUCGGCCGGUUUCUGGCAAACGUCUCCCUGGCAUCAGACGCGCAAAAGGGUGAUACCGAAGGCAAGCCUCUGGUGACCAUCUCGACGAUUCACGCAGCCAAGGGACUCGAGUGGCCGGUCGUCUUCGUCCCGGCGGUGUACAACGGGUCCAUCCCGCAUGCGCGGUCUGAAGACAUGGACGAAGAACGCCGGCUUCUGUAUGUGGCCAUGACGCGAGCCAAGUCUCUGCUCUACCUCAGCUGUCCCAUGUACAGUUCGUCAAACGGAGGCAACGGGGGCGAGCGCACCGAGCUGUCCAAGUUCAUCCCUUCGGAGAUCCAUCCGUACUUUAGGAAGCGCGGCCCGUCGUUUGAACCUGGUGUGCUACAAGAGGUUGGCCGGAUUCUCGGGCGAGAGUCCGAGGUCCCCUCGCAGAACAAGGUCUUUAGCGAGAUGCCGCUGAUGGAAAGACCGGAAGAUAACCUGUACCCGGAGAACCCAGAGGAUGCGUUUGGAGAUGGGGGCAACGACAGGAAUCGUCAAUGGCAGCGGCGCGCUAGGCCGCGGAUGGCGUUGGCUUCAGAGGAAGAUGCCCAGGCAGCUCCAUCAUGGCAUACCUCUGGAACGGCCACGACAAUGGAUGCGGCAUCAAGCUUUACCAUGUCGUCCCUUCCCGGCUUCACAACCGCGACCGCGGCUCAGUCGGCGAUACAGGCUGCCGCGAAAGAAAUGGCAGCGUCAGUCCAAGGCCCAGACCGUCGCCAGGCGCCGCAAAAGUUGACAGGCCCCAGGAGAGGGACAACUAAGCGCCCGGCCGAUCAGCAGAGCCUCCUGGGAUUCGUCAAGCGAUCGAGGUCCGACAUGUCAGACACUAGCAGCAUGCCCGCCCCUCCUCCGCGGCAUCCUCUCCAGGAGAUGCCUGAGCUGCCUAAUCUGCACCGAGGGCAGAUCCCCACACCGGCCAUCGAGCCUGGUCUUGCUGGCCACAAGUUAGGCGCCAGGAUGCUCUCCAAGCCGUCGAAACCAGCCUUGGACGGCGAUGCAGGGCCAAAGAAACAUUACGCAAACUUCUCGAGCUCGCCACCGAGACCAGAGAAGGAAAACGAAGACAAAGAUGUGCCGCCGGCCAUACGAGAGCGCCCGGCGAGCUGUUUGCACGCUACGACAACGACGAACGGAUUUGGGGGUUUUAAGAGACCCGCGGCGUUGAAGAAGGAAGGGGGGAUUGCACCCAUAGACCGGCUGCGAAAGCCGUUCAAGCCGCUUACGAUUAAGAAAUGA